AUGCAUCGUCUUCUCAUCGCAAUUUCCUGCCUCACAGCAUUCGCAGUAGCGGACUCGAAAUCAGGCGAAGAGACUCCCAAGUACUGGAGAGCGAUUCUCGGCGAUAUUUGCCAGUUGCCAUCCUUCCCCCGUGCCACCGGAGACCCACAUCGCUAUGUUGAAUGCGUCCGUCAAAGCACAUACUCGGCUGACAGGAAGGAUCUCGGAAUUUGGCUUCUUCGCGAGUGUCUACCCGGCUAUGAAUUCGUGGCGUCCGCACGUCGUUGUAAGACCAUUCGUUCUGUAAAACGGCAGCAGGAGCUGUGCGACUCGAACAACGCCACCAUGUACCAGUUCUGCCCUAGCAACUCAUCCACAGAGCAAACAAAGAGAAAAGUCGGUGGUCACUCAGGGGAGCAAUUCCUCCUUCAAUCCUUAAGAUGGAACUCACAGAAGACUACAAAAUUCCUCGUCGAGGAAAUUCGCGAGGCUCCCCGCCAAUGCGCUUGCCCGAACGGCGAGGAUAACUGUGUCUGCCCAAGUCCGGAAAUACUGGAACCAGUCAACGUACCUAUCAACUCGGAAAAGGCUCGCCGUUCGCCCAUCAGCGUUUCGCAGCCGCUCCAGUUCUCGCAGUACCAGUCGUGUCCUUGCCCACCUGCGCAGCCUGCAUGCACUUGCGUCUCCACUAACCCCAAUAACGAAAGGAUGCUGAUGUCUCUGAACUGCUGUCCCCAACCUGCGCAAUCGGCUCCCUGCCAAUGCCAAACCCCUCCUGAUUUGAACUGCCAAACGACAACGACUCAACAGCAGUACUGUCCUCAGCAGCAGCCAGCUAUCGUACAGCCACAGCCCUGCCCUCUAGUGCAAGGUGGAGGAGUGCAGAACGCACAGUAUCAAGGAAUCUGCUCCUGGAUGAUCGAUCCUCUUGCCGUUGAUCCACAGUCUCGCACCCACUACCUUCAGUGUCAACCAGCACCCAACAACUUGUUCUGUGGCAGAUGGCAACGAAUGCCAUGCGCUCCUGGAACGAUGUUCGACGUGCAGGCUCAGGUCUGUGUGUGGGACACGCAAGCAGCCCCUGCCGUGCUUCCUCAGGCCACCGCGGCCCCAAUGCCUCAGGCUCCACAAGCGCCUUGCUCGUGUGUUGGAGGUGUUCAGAUAGGCUCCUGUAACCAGAACUACCAGUGUCCUGGACAAUCCGUGUGCCAAGUUGGACAGAACGCAGGACAGCAGUGCAUGGUGUGCUGCUAUUUCCGCAGAAAGUCUCUUCGCAUUUAA